GGUUCCUGGUUCCUUACUUCACCUGGAAUUCUUUUUUGCUGCUCCUACGGAUUCCAUGAGCGACAGCAUGUCGCAUGACUCUAAAGUUAGCUGUUGGUGAUCCAGUGACAUAAGCGCCUAGCUACGAACCCAACCACUCAGAUCUGCUAUCCUUACGUCGCCCAAGCGCCAGACGACCCAACCUACGGAAUACUCCGUACAACUACCGACAACACGACAUUCCGCGGUUCGACUCACUCAGCGACAUCUCCAGACUACAAUUGAUAGCGUGCUUGUUGUCGACGGAUUGUCCGACUGAGAAAGCCACCAUUCACAACUACGAGGUAACUAGAACAGUCACAACGAAACCGGAGCAGGGAAGACUUCCCCGGCCGUGAAACAGUCCAGCCGCCCGUCAACCAAGGAUCCAGACGACCCCGAACCACCGGUCCGUGCCUCUACCCCUUCCGCCUCCGCUCCCAAGUCCCGCAAGCAGCGUCGGUCCUCUAUGCCUGGGCUCGACAGCGCCAGCCGCUCCGGCACGGCCUCCUUCCUCGAAUCCAGAACGAGCUUGCCGUACCCGAGUUUCUCGAAGGCUCACAGCAGGGAGGCCGUUGGCAAGCCGGGUGUUCCUACACCAGAUCCGACCGACCUGACCGAACAUAAUCGGGAUGAUGAAGAUAAGGUGGAUAGCAAACAACAGCGUCCUGCCAGUCAGAAUGCGCCGCCGAGUCCGCCCUUAACGAGCGUAGACCAGCACUCGCGCAAAGGCAGCACGGUCGACGACAAAGGAGAGAAAACUACUGAGAAGGUAAAGGAUGGAAAGACUAAAAUCAGAAUUAAGACAGAAUUGAACCGGUCGUCUUCCAGCCUACGCGCAAAGAAGGAUGAUAGCAGCAAGUCCAGCAAGGUUACAGUACGGCCAGAAACUCCCAAGUCGACAUCAAAACGGUCAAGCCAUAGUAAAGACUCUCCAACUCGAACCACCAGCCACAAGUCUUCCAGAUCAAAACUCGACCAGGAGCGCAAACGCACUACUGUCUCUCCUUCUCGCUCGCCGCCAACUGUUCGAGAUGCAGGUCUGGGAUCUGCGAACGGCUCCGACGCAACUAUUGCGGCCCCUCGUCGUUCACCUUCUAGAGUCAAGAGUCCUGAGAAACCACCGUCUCGCAAUCAAACGCGCUCUUCCAUGUCAAAUCGUCCGGCUUCCGCAAAUCGCAAUCGCGCGCCUUAUGAGGUUGCGAUGGAAUAUGGACGCCCACCAACCGUCGGCUCCACUUACGGCACCCCGCCUCCGCCUCCUCCUCCCCCAGAUGUCCCAGUCUCAAACCCACGCGUUGACUAUCUCCUUCAUAAUGGAGGCUUGGAUUACCAGGUUCCCAAGUCGCUCCUUCUAAGCACGGCAUUCGGCGAUCAAGCACAGCUUCAGCCUCAUCUAGCGGCCAGUAAGGUUUUUGAGCCCUUCAGUCGACUCCUAGAUGACUAUCAAACUGUCAUGAAUAAGAAUGGUUCACUCGCGGUGGCUACUGGGUCUCGUUCUGUGGCUCGUCGCCUUCUCGACCGACUGGAGGCCGUUUUUGCCCGCGAUAUAUCAUCAGAGUCAUGCCGCUGCUUGGUGUGUGAGCAAGAUGAGUUGGAGGAUAUCCCAUCAGGCGUCAGUUGGGGUGAAGUGCUGGAGUUGGUUUCCGGGCGCCGGGAACUUCCUAAUUGGCCGCCAUUCCUACUCACAGCAGAACUGGGCGCCGCGGACCUGUCUGGUGAAGAGCAUAUUCCUAUGCAGAAAUUGGACAUUGACGUUCCGGAAGAGUAUCGUGACCAUUUCCUUCGGCAGUCCCGGAAGACCAAACUCGCCGUUGAUAAGUGGCUGUCUGAGCAAGUCGAACAGCCCACAAGUGCGCCGGAGGAGGUAGAUGAUGAGACAUUGACCUUUGCCAUGUUGACCCACCUUGGAACAGAGCAACGGCCCAUAUUUCGUGCCCUGCUUGGGAUUUCGUCUACAUCGCCUACUCCACGACCAGAUGGACAGCCCCGAGAGCGACCUGCUGCUCUAAUUUCCUCGUCCUAUGCGAUUCAACGCCUGUACCGUUUGCCGUCUCGACCCCGGGAUUCCGAAACUGCGAUGUACAUGCUUAACAAUCCUGGAAUACACCAUGUUCUAGCCACCCUCGCGGCCAUCAGCGACGAUGAAUGGGAUAUACUGAUAUCAGGUCGUUUCGACGGAUUCCUGCGCAGUGGAGCCGAGGACUCCUUACCCAACGGAACACCCAACCGCUGGAGCCACAGCCGAUCGAACACCCCAUUCAGCGCUGGUGGAAGGAUGUCACGAGGUCCCACACCCAGUCCGCUCGACCGCCCAAUGAGCCAACCUUACGGCGGUCCAGGAUCGCCGGGCUCAUUCGGAGGCCCGAUAGCUCUAGACGAGGAGAUGGAGAUUGCUGCAUUGGCUGAAGUUGAGCGAGAGAUCUACGCCGGUAUGGAAGCCCUUGAAGACGCGUUUGAGGCCCUGCAUUGUAAAGCAGAAGCUGUGCGUCUUGCUCUGCGUGAGCGUGGCGCGGGACUCUCUAUAGCCAACCAGAAUCGACGCGGGACAUAUGUUGAAGCGCGCCUGGGUACUCCGGCCUCGCAAUACCCGUGGGAAAGCGGUACGGACGACGACUUUCUGGACGAUACGUAUUCACUCGCGCCGGAUGACUCGGCUAGCAAUAUUAGCUCUAAUCGCAGGCGGCGCCCGAAGCGACGCACUGAGCGCCGCACCCCGGCUCCUGUUGAGGAGGAAGAUGAGGGUGAAGAGGGCGAAGCUGUUGGGCGGCGUGACAGUCGAAACUCUAGAAGACGAUAA